AUGGUCCGUCUCCUAAAAGCCCUUGUCCUGGGCCUGGUGGCGGGAUCCGCACAUGCCCUGGACUAUACCGAGCCCUACCGUCCCCAGUACCAUUUCUCGCCGCGCAAGAAUUGGAUGAAUGAUCCCUCUGGUCUGCUGUACCAUAAUGGAAUCUACCAUCUGUUCUUUCAGUACAACCCUGCAAGUAACGAGUGGGGGAAUAUGUCCUGGGGCCAUGCAACCAGCAAGGACCUGACGCACUGGGACGAACAGCCCAUUGCUCUCCGUGCCCGUGGUUAUCCUCAGAAUGUUACUGAGAUGUACUUCACCGGGAGUGCAGUCGUCGAUGUGAACAACACCAGUGGCUUUGGCAGGGAUGGCAAGAUACCUUUGGUUGCCAUGUAUACUUCCUACUAUCCCCCAGCCCAGAAACUGCCCAGUGGAAAGCAAGUUCGCACAGAGCAACAGUCUCAAUCCAUCGCCUACAGUCUGGAUGAUGGCGUGACCUGGACUACCUACGACGUCGGCAACCCCGUCAUUCAAUCUCCACCAGCCCCCUAUGGAAACCAAUACAAGAACUUCCGUGACCCCUACGUCUUCUGGCACGACAAAUCCCACAAAUGGGUUGUAAUCACAGCCCUCGCAGAAAUCCACAAGCUGCUCAUUUUCACUUCCGACGACCUCAAGGACUGGUCUCUGGCAAGCGAGUUCGGUCCCUACAACGCAGUCGGAGGCGUAUGGGAAUGCCCCAACAUCUUCCCCCUUGCCCUGGACGGCAACCAGUCCGCCCUCAAAUGGGUUCUUGUGCUGGGCCUCAACCCGGGCGGGCCGCCAGGGACUGUUGGUUCCGGAACGCAGUAUUUUGUGGGCGAGUUCAACGGGACCACUUUUACGGCGGACCCGGAUAGCCUCUUUGCCAAAAACACGACCUCUAACUGGAUGGACUGGGGUCCGGAUUUCUAUGCUGCUGCUGCUUAUCAGGGCUUGUCAAUCGACAAGCAUGUCCAGGUUGGCUGGAUGAACAAUUGGCAGUAUGGCCAGAAGAUCCCUACCUCCCCAUGGCGAAGCGCCAUGGCUAUUCCUCGGCGCCUGUCUCUCAAGACCAUCGGCCAGAAGGCGACUCUUCUCCAGCAGCCUCAGGAAGAUUGGGGCUCUAUCAUGAGUCGGAACGGCGUCUCACGCUCGUGGAAGUCUAUCCCCGAGGGUACUGUCAAUCUGGGAACGCCGGGAGAGACAUUCGAAGUUCAGCUGAACUUCUCCGAUCGCAACGCUGCGGCUUCUAAGCCUGCAGAAUUUGCAAUCGCUGUCCGGGCUACCAACAGCACUACUCAGCAGACGCGGAUCGGCUACGACUUUGCCCAAAAACGCAUCUUUGUGGACCGGACCAAGUCUGGAAAUGUCACAUUCGAUUCCACCUUUGCCAGUGUGUAUCACGCACCCUUUACCCCGAGCGCCGGUGGCAAUGUCAGCUUGCAUAUCUUUGUCGAUCGGUCCAGCGUCGAGGUGUUUGGGGGCCAGGGGGAGGCCACCCUGACGGCGCAGAUCUUUCCCGGCAAGAAUGCGAUCAAUGCCCGGCUGCAGUCGACUGGGGGGACUACUGAGAAUGUUAGUCUCAAGAUGGCGAGUAUAUCCUCCGUAUGGACUAAAUGA